AUGAUAAGAGAUACUCCAUCCUAUUCAUUAGAUAGUGGUGUUUAGUUCAAAUUUUAGUAGAAACUAAUUUGUAAACCCAUGUUUUAUAUCAAAUCGCUCGUUAAAAAAAGGAAAACCAGACCCAAAAGUUAAGAGGCUACUGACUCUGAUUAAUAAAAUAUGAGUCUUGUUCACGGUCCCUCCAGAAGAAAAAGUUGUUACUGCAACGAAUGUGGUAGUAUGGGAAAGAAAUAAUUGUAAUUCAUGGAUCUAAAAUUAUCCAAAUAACCUAAAGCACUUAACAAAAGAGCACAAUGCAGUAUCGAUAGGAGAUGCACACUCAAUAUUUAGAGUAUAAGUACAAUGAAUUAAGUAUUUAAAGAUCGUAGUGUAUUUUAUCGUAGGAACACUUAAAAAAAUUCAGAAAAAGUUGAAAACCAAAAAUCUCCUACCUGUGAUUUCGGGGAUUCCAAAAGUCCAAGAUGGUUCAUCAGACAAAUGGUAAUGAGAAAAUCAAUAAUAAAUGUUCAAAAAUUGAUGGAGAACUCGCACUCCAAAAACUCCUACUUAUAAUCUAAUAAAAAGAUUCUGGGUGAGGAUUCACUCAAUCCCAAAAGCCAAUAGACCAUCCAUGUGCCAACCAGUAUACGUACUUUAUAUCAAAAGUCUUACAUAGAUAGUCCUGGUGCUAGGAUAAGGACCGUACCAGGGUUCGAUUGUGAGAACAAUCUAACAUCACCCAGGAACAUACCUAAGUUAUCUCCUUAUCUUAGUUUCAGAUAAAUUAAUUUCAAUCUAUUAGUCCCUUUAAAAUUGAAAAGCAAUUCUUCAGCUAGGAAAACCAACAAGAAGAUAUUUCUCCACUCUAAGGCCUAAAAUUGA